AUGGCGGCCACGGAGCUGGGAAGUGUUCGCUCGACGAUGACAAUGAACGGGCCUACUAUCCGUCCAGUUGUCGCUUCUCAUGGGUCGUUGACAAUGGAGAAGGAGUCUGUGCUGGUCUCAUUGCUGGAGAAAUUGAAAACUACAAGUGAACAGGUCAAGACAUGGUCUGAAACAAGGACAUCACUGCAGUCAAUCGGUGAACGGUUAGAGGCAUUAGCCAGACAGUGUGGAUUAAAGUUUAAUCCAGGUCCCGCUGGUACCGAUGUGUUUAUAAGUUCUGACAUGUUUUAUGUCGAAGUGUUAAUGGAUAAUAACGGUAAUGUGAGAGAUGUGAAAGUGGCGCAUCAUAGCGGUGAACCACAGAGUUGCCUAGAGUUAAAGGCUGUUUUGAAGCGAAAUGAUUUCAAAGAGUUUGCUGAACACUUGAGGGAACUGAACCAGCUUUACCAGCUGGCUGGUGACAAUUCUCAGAAGGCGAGAGCAUUUAUGUCUUUACAAGCAUUAGAGGCUGAUUUGGUGACCAUGUUUCAAAUGCAGUCUGGGUCAUUGGCUAAUAUUGCAAUAAUGGUUAUUUUAAAAGGACCCAUUGGGUAUCUGACGCCAAGAUCUGGAGGGAAACCUGCCCAGUUGACUUACUAUGUGUCACCGUAUGAUUUACUGAAUGUGGAAACGGGAACAACGACCACUCUUAGCAUGAAAGACCCAGUACCUCGGUCGCUAGGAUUCUCAGUCUGUGUAACUAUCGAGAGUUCUACAUUGCAUAAGUUGCAGAUCACACCCAUUAUAUCGAUUCCCAUGUCACCAGAUGGCAAGAGAACAAUUGGAUCGCCAUCAUUUAUCCCAUUGGGCAAUCCUAACAGUAUGACGUUACCAGCCUCAUUUGUGGUUAAACUGAACAAACCAAUGCCACUAUCAACUAGCAGCAUCAGACAGAUUCAAGUACAUACUGGGAUGCCGUUUGUAGACAUCAACCAUGCUGUACCAUUGAAUGGUUUGAUAUGUAAACAUUACAGCACCAAUCAGUCAUCAACAUGUCCUGAUAAAACCAGUAGUUAUACAACAUUCUUUGUAACAUUACCGGAUCAGCAUCAUUGUUACUUCAUCAAUGAAUGCAGCUGUGCACAUGAUUUGAAAGGUAUCAUAGUGUCCAAGAUUGCCUUCACACAUCCUGCACAUGUACCCCAGAUACUGAUGUAUCUACGGCAACAAGCUGUGUAUAACACUCUCAUAUCAAGCUGUGUUAGAAAUAACUCAAAACAAGGAAUGGAUGACAGUAUAUUGUUUGAUGUUACUCCUGUCACACCCCAACGUAUAUCAGUAUCAUUUGAACAUCCAGUUAAUGAAGGCAUGGCUUGUGCUGAAUUUGAUUUAUCAGAGUUGGUCAAUGUGAAAUGUCGCUUACAUACCCGUCCUGGUGAGCAGCCGCUCUGUUCUGACGAGUAUGCCACUAAAGUUUUACAGCGAUGCAUGUCCAUUCCAGUGACAAUGCGUGCUAUCCUAAAAAAGGCUGCUACUCAACAACAGCAUCAGUACGAUGGAUUACAGCGAAUUGGAGCCACUGGUUUCUCAUCUUUCUCGUUCCCAGGCAGCACCGACUACACAGCAUUCAUGCCAAACACAGGUAGAAUAGGAGGCAAUAUCACCCUGAAUUUAACCAAAACUGAUAACAGUGGUAACAAUCAACUUAAAACAGUCCAGACGUCUACUUCUACAGGGAUGCCUAUUGAUAAGGUUAUCAGCGUACAGAGGUACAAGACUGUGCUGAAUGAUUUGCCUCGUGGUGCGAUCACUACGAGUCCAUUUGUCCGGAGCAUCAGCACAACAGUCACUAUGGAUUCUGAAUCUUCCUGCGGACCUUUUGGAGGAAUGUCAACAGAUGAUUCCAAGAUAUCCCAAAAUCCUAUGCUGGCUACGUUGUUGCAAACGACUGGUAACUUGAACAUGAUGAGUCAAGGUGGUGAAUGUGUUAUCGUCGGCGGGGGUAGUAGUAAUCCCGCUUUGACUACAACUACCUCCUCUGCUUCUACUCCCGUCACGACCACAGCUAUUGCGCCAACGGCAGUCGCUACAACCAUAGGUAAUAGCGAAGAGACGGUAAAUCAAAUCGGUAAAGCACGGAAUCCAAUGCUAAUGAACCUUCUGCAGGAUCAGGGUACGCCGCUACCAUCGAACGUUACUCAACCACAACAGAUAAAACCAACCAGGAAACGCAAGCGUAAACUGACAACUGAUAGAUCUCCCAAGCGACAGCAGAGUGAAGAGGAAUUUACAAAAGAAUUAUCUGCCAUGGAUUUGGACAGUACUGUUCCUUUUGAUAUGAGUAUGCAUGCUGACACUGCAACGAUUACGCCGACUACUUUAUCAGAGCACGGCAAAAUACCUCCAAUGGCACACACAGCUAUGAUGUGUAAGUCUGAUUACAGUAAAAGCCGUGAGUCGGCUGAGGUGUCGGCCAUCCUGACGGAUAUUGAAGAGCAGAGUGCUAAAUUCAACAAACGUCUGUUCAAGCGUUCAGACAGCUGCAGCAGUAGAGCUGGUCAGUCACCAAAAACACACCCAUCAGACACACCCAAGCAUACUGGGGUGCAUACGCCAGAAAAUGUGUUGAAUACGGUCGGGGAUAUACCCUUGACUCCAACGGCAACUGACGCAGGUGUGCAUGAUGCAUUGCCGCCAGCUGAUAGCCCGAUGGAGCAUGAUAUUUUCAUGAAACCUACAGAUAGCGAGAUAUUCACACCAGGUGAUUUCAUGGUGGAUGACACGAAUACACAUCCAAGUGCAGAUGACCUGGAUCAUGAUUUCUCUGAGCAAAUAGAAUUCAAUGUUGAUGUGUUGAAUAAUCAAGAUAAUGAUGGAGAAUUCUUAAAAUCGACUACAGAGGGUAAUAUUGAUUUAGACACGUGUGAUGCCACAGCGUUUGGUUUGCCCAACCCUGCUAUUAUUGCUAAAAUGACACCGACCACUAGCGACACAACCGUACCAUCCACAAGUAAUUCCAGUGCUACUGUGGCAGCAACAACGUUGGAAGAUACUGAAAUACAAACAUCUGAAAAACAAACUUUAAAGAACAUGAGUGCUGAACUAAAUAUGCUGCUAACAUCAAGAGAUGAGGUUCUCGAUCUCAGUAUGCCACAAAAAAUCAAACCGAUCGGUAAAAGCGCAACAGACGAAAAUGAUGAUUCACCAGAAUUUAAAGUGAAAAGAUCCAUAUCAGAAGUAGACUCUCCCAAAGUUAUUAUAUCAAAGAAAGGAAAAAAGAAAGACUCCAAAAGAAGUUCAGAUGGUGAGAGUUCGCAUAAGCGUAAGCAAGACUCUAAACGUGGCAAGCGACGCAAAGGAGACGGAAGUAAGAGUAAAAAGUCCUCAAGCAUGUCAAAGAUGAGUACGCCCACAGUGACGUUAACUGCCAAACAAAUAGCACCACUUAAAACUACGAUACGUACUAUUACGAUUACGCCUGAUGGUACGCAGUUGAAAGGGGGCAGUAAAAUGAGUUUCAAGUCGGUUACUAUGCCGUUAACCAAGCCUUGUAGCGGUGGUAAACCAUCCACGAUGCAAAUGAAGGCAGUAACAUCAGCACAAGAACGUGCACUGGAGACCAUGUCUUCAUUAAAAGUAGCAGAUAGCAUUGCUAAAAAUUUACCGUUAACAAAAACAACCGACUUACUUGUUAAGAACACUCAAUCUGCGAAAACAACAGACUCUAUAGUAAAAAACACACACGUUGCAAAAAACGCUGAUUCAAGUCUUAAAAAUACACAGUCAACUAAAACAACAGACUCUAUUGUUAAAAAUAUACAGUCAACAAAAACAUCAGACUCAAACCUUAAAAGCACCCAGUCAACAAAAGCUGGAGAUGUUAUUGCUAAAAAUGUACCAACAACAAAAUCGACUGAUAUUACUGUGAAAAGUACACAUGUGACAAAACCGACUGAUGCCAGCACUAAGAAUGUCCACUCAUCAAAAUCAUCUGAUUCUAGCGUAAAGAGCGUGCACUCAACAAAAUCAUCUGAUUCUAGCGUGAAGAGCGUGCACUCAACAAAAUCAUCUGAUUCUAGCGUGAAGAGCGUGCACUCAACAAAAUCAUCUGAUUCUAGCGUGAAGAGCGUGCACUCAACAAAAUCAUUUGAUUCUAGCGUGAAGAGCGUGCACUCAACAAAAUCAUCUGAUUCUAGCGUAAAGAACGUGCACUCAACAAAAUCAUCUGCUGAUACUAAAAAUUCUCAAUCAACGAUGAAAGAGAGUAAAAGUACACAUCCGACGAAGUCUUCUGAAACUAGUACAAAAACUACACAGCCUAAACAGGUGACAAUAAAACCAGUCAGGCCGCCACCCCUUGUGCUGCCAACUGACGAACCAGACACUGCCACUACGUCAUCAUCAUCUGCUACUAUAUUAUCGCCGAGUAAAACAAUGACCUCCCCAUUGUUAUCAAGUAAAUCAAAAUCACCGAACAGAUCUAGAAAGGGAUCUCUGUCGGCUGUUAUUGAUAAGUUAAAAGAAAGCGCAAGCAGCGUGAAUGUAAUGAGCAGCGUCAAUCCAACCAAAUGGAUGGAACCCAAUGAAGAAGGUGAGAAAGUAGAAAAACGACAUCCUGGUAAGGGCUCAGUUGUGAAACAAACAACACAGAAAAUAGUGACCGCACAGAGUAUUGGUGGCACUCCAAUAAAACCAAUAUUAGUUGUUAGAACAGUAGCUGUGAGUACGAUCACACCAACGCCGGCAACAACGGUUCUCGCAGUGACAACUAUGGCAAUGAGCAACAAGAAAAAAGAUGAUGAGAAACAGUUAGUUUCAGAGAGAGAGAGUCCGGAAAGUCCAGAUGACAGCAAGAGUCAAAUCACUGAGAAAAGUCUUGCCUCGCCUGACAGAAUAACUGAUGAACAUGUGCGAGUAAUUCCUCUGGAGCAACAGAAUGAAGGGAAGACAAACGAAGAGGUUAGAAAGGACGUCAAUGAAAGUACAGAUGCAUCAAGUGAUUUCAAAUCUGAGAAAUUAAUUGCAAGACGAGAUGAAAUGAAAAAAGAAUUCAAAGUUCCAACUCCCGUGAGUGUAUCAAACCCUGACGGUGAAAAAAGAUCACAGAGUCCGAGCAACGAAAGUGAUGAAGAAGAUGGACUGGUGAUUGAUGUACCACAUAUUUCCAACACUAAAGCCGAUUCUAAAACAAGUGAUACUCAGACUGAAACGGAGAUUAAGUCGCCACGUAGUGUGAUGGCGCAGUCUCCACUAGGUUUCAUGGCUAAGUCACCUCUUAUGGUGAAAUCACCGGCCGUAAAGUCGCCGGGGAAUCUAAGCAUCACAGGGACAUCAGAUCAGUCGCAUCGCUCUACAGAUAGUCCGUGCCUCAUCGAUGACGAACUUAUGGACGAAGCCAUUUUAUAUAAAGAUUGAAAUAUUGGUUAUUACAGUGAAAUUCAUGAAGGCAUAAAUUUUUUUUAUGAAAAUUUAUACAAUAUUUAUAAAACCAUUGGUGAUCCUUAGGCUUUUUUAAAUCCAAAGAGUAUGCUUUUAUUGGCUGUAGAAGCAAUUUGGUAAUGUCCAUUACCCAUAAGUCUUGAAAGUUUUGUUCAAUCGUUGGUGGAUUUACUGCAGUUGCGAACGUAUUAUUUUAUAUAAAAAACAUUCAUGCCUUUAUGAAAUUCACUGUAGUUUAUU